AUGACGAACGCCGAAAGAAAGAACAUGCUCGAAGGGGAUCAUGAGCUCCAAGGGUCGGUGACGAGUUUCUCCCUAUUGGAAUCGAUGAGCCAAACUCGGUACCUGAUCGAGCUCGUCUACGCGACAGAGACCGUCGGGAGCCGCCUUAAGAGUACUAUCCCAGAGCGCUCCGACGACGGGACCUCAGCUGAUACAGUCAUGUCUGUGGAGGUUGCUAACAAAUAUGUCGAUGACGUGCUUAACCGGGUUGCUGCUUCCUUGAAACAACAAGGCCCAUACCAAUACAAAUAUUUGAUCCGGUCAACCUACGACGACUGGUUCGAGUUAGAUCAAGUUAAACUCUCUCAAACGCAUUUUCUCAAGCGAAGUGGGGACGUGGCUCUCUUCCUCGAAGAGAACCCGAAACGUGUUCUGGCCUCGCUCAAAUUGAGUCAAAUUGAAAUGAAAGGAAAACGUCUCUCGACCUCCGAUAACGAGCUCUACUGUCGGCUGAAAGAAGCGCGAGUGAACAUCACCUUGCUCAGUGACACGAAAAUAAUUCGGGGCGGAAAUAUGCGCAUAAAGACUGGUGAAGUGAGCGUUCAUUACCUUCUUCAUGCCAUGGAAGUGCUUGAGUUCCUGAAGCUCACUUUCCGGAAAUACGUCGACGUUUUCGUCAGAGAAAGACUCUUCAAGACUUUGUUCCAUUAUGUUCCGCAAGUGGCGAAGGGAUUCGGAACUCAGACGGACAAGAAGCGAUGAUCGUCGUUCAGAGAAAUA